AUGGCAGGAGGAAGGGAAGCCUGCUCUACCAAGGUCUCCCCCAAGGCCCUGGAGACAAGGCCUGCGCUGGCAACAAGGUUAACGGGUGGUUCUAAGACUAGAGCCGUGAAGACAGACCUAUCUAGCUAUGCUGUCAUGGCAGUGGUUCCUCAGCCUCAGAUCCCCAUGGAGAUAGAACAGAGCUUUGACCAAGCCUCUGAGGCUCAAGACUCUGAACCACAGAACAAUGACCUCGAAUUUCUCUGCUCCAAAACUGAGAAAAUAGGGACUCCGGAGCGCAGCGGGCACCCGGAGCUCCCCAUCACCUCCUUCGACUGCUCCGUGUGCCUGGAGGUGCUACACCAGCCGUUCCGGACUCGCUGUGGCCACGUGUUCUGCCGAUCUUGCAUUGCGACCAGUAUAAAGAACAAUAAUAAAUGGACAUGCCCAUACUGCCGAGCAUACCUUCCUUCAGAGGGAGUGCCUGCAACUGACAUAGCCAAGAGGAUGAAGUCAGAAUACCAGAACUGUACCGAGUGUGGAACUCUUGUUUGCCUCAGUGACAUGCGGGCGCACAUAAGGACAUGUGAGAAGUACAUCGAUAAAUAUGGCCCACUGCAAGAACUCGGCGAAACCACAGCAAGAUGUGCAUGUCCAUUUUGUGAGAGGGAACUGGAUGAAGACUGCUUGCUGGAUCAUUGUAUUAUCCAUCAUAGAUCCGAACGGAGGCCUGUGUUCUGUCCGAUUUGCCGUUCACGACCUAAUGAAAGCCCAAGUACCUCCAAUGGCAGUUUGAUUAGACAUUUGCAAGUCAAUCACACUUUCUCUUUAGAUGAUUUUAUAGAUAUUCGUAUAAUUGAGGAAGCCAUUAUUCACAGAGUGUUAGACCGCUCACUUCUUGAAUAUGUGAAUCAGUCAAACACCACAUAAUUUUAUGAAUAGGAAUGGGACCAUUCACUUGUACCAUUUAAGAUGCUGCUUGAAGGACUGGAAGAAAACUGUCAAUGUUUGAUGGAGAAACAUGUACUACAGUGUUA